AUGAAAUUCUGGGGUCUUCUAAUCACAGUCUUGCCAUUAACAUUGGCAAGACCAGAGAACCAUUCAAGAGAUUCCUCCUACUUCUUCAAAGGACAUGAUUUAUCCUCUCUCCCCAUGCUCGAACAAAGCGGUUCCAUCUUCAAAGACACUCUCAAACACAACGCCACGCGACCCGCCGAAGCCAUUCUCGGCGACGGCGGCAUGAACAGCGUACGACUACGUCAAUGGGUUGAUCCCGUCGAAGGCGUCUACGGCUUAGCAUACAAUCUGCAACUUGCCCAACGCAUGCAAAAACAAGGCUACAAAAUCUAUCUCGAUUUCCACUUUUCCGAUUCCUGGGCUGAUCCCAGUAAACAACCUCCUCCAGCUGCCUGGCCUACAGAGUUGAAACCUCUUGCGAAAACCCUGAGGGCAUAUGUAAAAGAUACCUUGGUAUCGUUCAAAAAGGCGGGUAUCAAACUCGAUAUCGUCGCGCUGGGUAAUGAAAUCCGUCAUGGCAUGCUAUGGCCCUUCGGUUACGUAGACGUGGAUAUCCAACCCCCAAGCGCUCUGCACAAGAAUUUCUCCUCCUUUGCCACGCUGUGGAAAUCUGCACGUGCAGGCGUCGACGACGCACUUGCGGUCGGGGUACACAAACCACAGAUUAUGAUCCAUAUUGAUGAUGGAUGGAAUGUUACGCUCCAACAACGCUGGUUCGAUGCCUUAACCGCUAAUGAUGUACCGCUCUCCGCAUGGGAUGUUUUUGGAUUUUCUUUUUACCCUUUUUACGGUACCGCUGCUACAUUGGCAAAUUUGCGCACGACUUUGCAUUGGGUUGCGGAAACAUAUCGCAAGCCGGUUCAUGUGGCCGAGACGGAUUACCCGGCAAUUUGCGAUGGACAAUAUAAUCCGAUUCCUCAGAGCAGCGAGCCGGAGAUUCCGUAUACGGUUGCGGGACAGCUGGAGUGGACGGAGGAUGUGAUUAGUGUGGUGAGGAAUGUACCGCAUGGAUUGGGAAGAGGUGUGCAUUAUUGGGAACCGGCGUGGCUGAAUAAUACGAGUUUGGGAAGUGAUUGUAAUGAUGCGAUUUUAUUCACGCCGGAUUAUAGUGCGUGGCCUACGACGGUGGGAUAUAGUAGAAAGUCGGUGGCGUUGUUUAAAUAG